AUGCGGCCCAGAGUGCCUGCCCCAUCAUCCCAGCCGCUGAGGCAGCGCGUCCUGCUGCAGCAGCAGCAGCAUCAGCAACAGCGCAACUUCUCAGCCCAGCUCUUCCCCCAGCCCCCGGCCGACCCAAGGGGCAAGAGACAAGAGUAUCGCGCCGCGUCCACUGCGGCAAACAACACCGACUGGUUGUCAUGGCUCAAGAGGGCUUCCCCACUCACACCCCACCAUGGCACCCCUCCAAGGCGAGCCCUCAUCCUCCCCGGUCUUGGCAGCUACCCCCACACUCCACAGAGCCCCACACCAUCCUCGCUUCAGGUCUGGGAGCAGGCCAGUGAAGCCCUCUGCACCCCCGACGCAACUAUGGGUUACUGGGACGACGGCAUGGAGGAGUUUGCAGGCGCGCUCCUCCAGGGCGGCGGCGGACAUGGAAUCCGCGGUUGGCUCCGUGGUUGGGUUGAGGGAAGGUCACUUGACGAACUGAUGGCUCGCGCCGACGUCACUGCCGCGUUCAUUCUGAGCUCUUCCAUCGCCAUCCUGGCAUCCGAGCAGGAACGCUCCGGCCACACAUCACUUCUUCCCGAGGGCACCACCUACCUCGCUGGCCAUGGAUUCAUUGGCACUCUCACCGCUCUCGUCGCCACUGGGCGUCUUGACCUGCCCAGCGGCAUCCGGCUCGCAAGGAUGUACGCCUCCCUGCCGGCCUCGCCACCCAACCACCCUCCCCAGCGCUUCCUCACUACGGCCCUCAGCGCAAGGCACUACCACUCGCUGUCGUCGCCAGCACACUUUGUGCCAUUCGAGGACCCACUGGCGUGCGAAGACGACGAGCCUGAACGUCGCCGUCGCGUGAUGCAGCUCAUCCUCGACGAGGUGCACUCGCUCCAGCGUGAAUGGGAGGUGGAGGGCAACGGCGAGUGGGCCGAGGCCGGCAUCAUCAACAGCAGCCGCGUCCUCAUCGUCACGGGAACGUACAUGGCUGUCGAACAGCUGAUCGACCGUCUCCAGACCCUCACCAUUGCCAACCCCGUCAUGGACGUCAACAUGCCAUGCCCAUACCACUCCAAGCUCAUGCUCCACGCUGUGCCCAAGUUUGCCGACACGCUGCAGCGCUGCACCUUUGCGCGCCCCAAGGAAGGCGAGCCCAUCAUCCUCGACCCGAUCACCACGCGCACCCUGUGCGGCCCGCCCGCGUCCGCCCUGCUGUCGCAGCUCACCCAGCAGCUGCGGUGGCACAAGACGCUCGCGCGCCUGCACACGCAGCCGUCCCCGCCCGUCGACCAGUUCCUCACCGUCGGCCGCGGCGCAAAGGGCCUGGGCGUCAUGCUCCGUGGCGAGCUCAAGAAGCGGCCCGAGAACGCACCGCCCAUCUCGGUGGAGGAGUUUGGCGUCAAGGAACAAGACGUCAGCCCGACCGCGCGCAGGAUCCACUCGAGCUCGAGGCCCGUACGGCCCUCCAACGUCGCGACGUACCAUGUCAAGUAA